AUGGGUGCCAGCAGGCUGACGGAGUAUACAAUGGCCUUCCAAUUCGCACAGAAAGGGUUCCAAAAGCAGAUUGAGUCUGGGGUGCAACUGGAGGAGCCCUUCCACACGGGCAUCCACAUGACCGUCGACGAGUUCUGCCGUUGGAUUUUGGAGGAGUUUCAUGAUUGCAACAUCUUUCUGGGCUUCUCUCCGAGCCCUACCUCUGUCCAGGCGUUUACCAUGUGGCGCGACCCCGCAGAUCCGAACGCGGCAGCGGUCGUGCAAAGCGAGAUAGUCACGGUGGGUGAUAAACUGUCUAUUCCCCUGGCGGUCAUCUUUCAGGGGAGGGAGAAUAUCCCGAGCAAUUGCAGGUGA